GUUUCUCUUCCUCCUGUUUUCCACCAGAGGUUGGCGUUAAAACCUGCGGUCUGCCAUGGAGUACCUGACUCUGGGGGCCAAUGCUUCAGGAUGUUUCCCGGUGGAAACGCCUCUCAGGAGGAAGCUCUUCCUCCUCUACUACCUGACCGUCAUCAUCAUCUCCAUCCCUGCGAACACCUUCUCCCUGUACGUGUCGUGUCAGCACAUCAGGCAGAAAAACGACCUUGGCGUUUACCUCUUCCAUCUGGCCUUGAGUGACCUGACCUUCACCUUGGGCCUCUCCCUGUGGAUGGACUUCCUGUGGAGAGGCGUCUGGACCCACGGAGGCUACGUCUGUUUGGCCUCCAUCUUCUCGCUCUACACCAACUUCUACACCAGUGAGGCUUUUCUCUGCUGCAUCGCAGUGAACCGCUACCUGGCGGUGGUUCACCCGCUCAGGUACGCCUGGACGAGGAAGGUCAGCACCGCCGCCAUGAUCUCCGUCACCAUUUGGGUGUUGGUGAUGGGCUUCAAUGUGUGCACCAUAACCUGGGAGGACUCCUACUAUGAAAACAACAUGUUUUCUUUGUGCUACGACAUCUUCCUCCCACUGUCGCAGACCAUGGCUAAUGCUAGCAUCGCUCGCUUCUUCCUGGGCUUCGUGGUUCCGGUUCUCAUCGUCUUUUUCUCCACCCGGAGCACAUGCCUGGCAGUGAAAGCAAACAGAGCCACGAUGGACGAGGAACGGCUGCGGAUCUCAAAGCUGCUGACGGUGGUUCUUCUCUGCCUGUUGGUCUGCUUCGGACCGAUCCAUGUCUCUUUCAUGGUCCGCAUGCUGUUGGAUGGCUGCCAGAGUUUUAAAUGGUUCCUCAUUAUUUACAAGGUUAGCACUGCUAUAUCCAUCAUGAACUGCCUGGUAGACCCGCUGCUCUACUGCUUCAUCACCAGAACAGGGCAGAAAAAGGUCCAACAGGUUCUGCGUUUCUUCUUGAGGAAGAAGAAAAGAACAGAAGGGAUAAACUGUAUAAGUUAAAGAGGAUAAAGAUGACUUUAAUGUCCUUUAAAAAGUUUGUUUAUAAGUUUCUUUAAAAAAACAAAAACAUCAGUUCUUAUAUAUGUUCUAUAUCUGCAUUUCACAGAACACAGAAAUAAAACUGCAUCAUUUUCAAUAAAAAAAGAAAAAUUGUGAUGUUCUAAACCUUUUAUUCAAUGAUGUGAUGUGUACAUAUCUUUUGACCGCUAUUUGAAAAGGAGCAUAUAGCUCAACCACUUAAGAUGAUAUGUACCUUUUUCUUUUACUAAUUUAAUUAAUUGAUGUUUAAAUACGGAUGGGUGGAUGGGUGGAUGGAUGGAUGGAUGGAUGGAUGGAUGGAUGGAUGGAUGCUGUAACUAAGUCCCUGUUUGCAAUAACCCAGAUAUUUUGGAAAAAGUAAAUUUUCUUCUGUUUCCACUCAACGUGUGUUUUAUAGAUGUAUUCUCACAUAAAUCCCAUCCUGACGUUCUGGUUUGUCUUUUAUCUUGACUUUGCUGAGACUUCCUGUGAUUCUGUUUCCUCAGUUUUUGUCCUUGACUCUUUUUUAUCUCCAGUUUUCUAUAUUUACAGAACGGAUAACGUGAUGCAGUUACUGCUCUUUAACAACAGGACCAGUUAAUAAGCAACAGACCUGUAGACUCACCAUCCUGUCAUUGUUACCACGAUACAACCUGUUUGUAAGAAAUCAGUGGCUGCAGGUCUGAACGUCUGCUUCCUGAUGUGAAGCAGACUGCCACAGCUCAGUGUUGCUUUAGGUCACUAGAUAUAUUAAGAUUUUAAUGUUUUAUAGUUGCUGGGCGUCUUUUCAGUUGUUAAAACAUGAUUCCAUAUCAAAUAUUAGCACCAUAAUUAUAAGCCAGAU